AUGGGGACACCAAAGUGGGUCCCCAGGGGCAAAGAUAGCAGCCUGUCCAUUUCUGCCAGUGCGAACCGUUUUCAGCUGUGGGUGCCCGGAUGCUUCUGCACUGAGCGCCGUUUGGCCAGGUGCCUCAAGGAAAACAGCUUCUACCCAUUCACUAGGCAGCAGCCCAAUGUCUUUGUGCUCGAGUACUACCUGGACUCACUGUGGAAGGGAGCGCUCCUCUUCACUGUCUGCGUCUUCCUAGCCUGCUUUGUGGGCAAGGUGCUGGACCAGGAGGUGUGGUGUUUGCCCACGUACGGCGUGGUCGUGGGGCUGUGGCUCAUGGUGUCGUCACUGCCGCGGCGCCGCCUGGUGCUGAACCAUAGACGUGGCACCUACCACUUCUCCAUCCAGGGCCGCACCAUCUACCAGGGCCCCUUGCACCUCAUCUACGUGCGCCUGGCGCUCAGCUCUGAUGCCUAUGGCCGGUGCUUUUUCCAUCUUGUCUUGUGCGGCCACAAGCUGGAGCCGCUGGUGCUCGUGCAGCUGUCUGAGCGCUACGAACAGAUGGAAUUCCUGGGCAGGCACAUCGCGCGGAAGCUCAACAUUAACUACUUCGACUACUUGAAUACAUCGUACCGCCACGUGGUCCGCCACUGGCCCCCAGAGGCCACAUCCAACCCAGGCAUCGUGCUUCGCCGAGAUCGCAGCUACAGGACCAGAGACUCGAUGUCUGACUUGGACGUGUGA